UCACUUUCACUAUUUAAUCCCCUUUCUUCCCUUGACAAUGCACCACCGUUCUUCACUUAACUUCUUUAUUUUCUUCAAUUUAUGUUGAACAAUCAACUCAAAUGGAUUCUACAGGGACUCCGUUAGCAAAAUCAUCAAAGAAGCCACCUAGGCCACCAGUGCAAAACACAAUUAGUAUCAAGGACAAAGAAGUAGCGGAAAAGGAGACAGAAGUACCAAUUGAAAGUACCAUGGGGCCAAAUGAAGCUAUAAUAUCAGCAACCAAGAGUCCAGCUUUGCAACGUGCCCUUGACAUUAUAAGAUCUGCUGGAACUAAAGCACAACAUAAAGAGACCAAGGAAAAAGGCAAAUCAGAAAUGCUUCCUCCUGAAAGCAUGGAGAUCAACAAGAAUAAAGGAAUUGUGAUCACAAAUCCAGAAGAUCGCGAGAUCAUACCAACAGUCAAAUCCUUUGAAAUUUACAUCAAGGGAAAGGCUAAAGUGCUCGAAGAAAAUUCUUAAAAAAAGGUGUUUCGAUUAUGAGGUCGUUAAAAUCUAACCCAUUCUGAUAACGACAAUGAUAAAUCUGAACAACGAAGGGUCAUCUUUUUUUCUUUUUUUUGGGUGUCAGGGUGUGUG